CUCUACCCGCUCCCAUCUUGACUCGAUAGAAUUUGCUCCAUAAAGGCCAAGAGUGCCGAAUAUUCCCGAUCCGGAUUACGUCGGCCGUGAGGCCCGUCUAGCAUCUGCAUCGUGUCUAGCCAGUUGGCGCUUGGUCCUCACACAUAGCUCCAACGAUGACUGACAGCGCUUGAUACCUUUCCUUUCCUUUCUUUCUUUCGCAUCAGUAAUGGACGUCCCCAUUGACAACUUCCCUUCGACUUCAUCCCCAGCUACGCGGGCCAUCAAGGAUAUUGCAUUCGGUUCCGUAAGUUCACGUUCACUCGACCAAAAUGACUGAGUAAAAAAAUGCUGUAUAGGCAGCAGGGAUGGUCUCCAAGGUCUUCGAGCAUCCGUUCGAUUUGACCAAAGUACGGCUUCAAUCCCAAGUGCUGGACGACUUUGCACGCUUUGCUGGGCCCAUUGACUGCCUGACACAAACGUACACCAAAGAGGGCGUGACGGGGCUAUACAGGGGCUUACCAGCUCCCAUAAUAGGCGCAAUGGUGGAAAACGCUUCUCUCUUUCUCACAUAUUCGUCUUUUCAAUCCCUGAUCCGGACUGUCGCCCAUCUCCCAGCCGAUGAUCAACCGAUACUACCUCUCCGUUACCUCUGUCUUGCAGCAGCGGGCUCCGGUGCCGUUACAUCCUUCCUCCUCACACCGAUUGAGCUCGUCAAAUGCAAAAUGCAGGUCCAAAUGUUGCUUCCCCAAAAUGCGUCCCACUCUAUACCCCUGCCUGGACCACUAAAAGUCCUGGCGUCUGUCAUACGAACGACGGGACUCCGGGGCCUGUGGUUGGGCCACACGGGGACGUUCAUCCGCGAGACGGGCGGGACAGCAGCGUGGUUCGGGACGAAGGAAUUUGUCGCGUCACGUUUGCUGGCUCGGCAUCCUGAGGGUAGCGCUCGGACGCUGGCGCCGUGGGAGUCUGCCUUGUCUGGUGCAUGUGCAGGCGCGUCGUUUAACCUGGCGUUGUUCCCGGCGGAUACGGUGAAAAGCACGAUGCAGACGGGUGAUGAGCUUCGGGGCCCAUCUGGCCUCAAGGCGAGCUUUCUAAGGACGUUCAGGGAGAUGUAUGCUGCCCAGGGUAUCCGAGGCUUGUAUGCUGGGUGUGGGAUCACAAUUGCGAGGAGUAUACCCAGCAGUGCGAUUAUAUUCGUGAUAUAUGAUGAGUUGAAUAAGCGAUUUUCGUAGGGAGAAGUGGAGACCGUGUAGAUUAAUCAACCUAGAUCUUGUAUCGCUAGUAACAGCACAUAGAGUUUUGCAAACAAGGCAUUGUUUCUCCUUUUG